AGAUUCUAAUGAAAUAGUUGUUUUUUCUUCCAUACAUCUCAUAUUGCACGCUUGACUCAUCACGCGGAGUCAUUGCGUGCGCGAGGAGCUUGUUGGAUACCUGGAAAAGGAGAGAGAGCGAGGGACUCUGGCACGCGCCUUUCUAAGUGUAGCUGCGCGUGUCAGGAGGGAAGGAGCGGGGCCGUUUGAAGGUUCCUCAGCAGCAGUCGCACGCGCCCGGUUUGCUUGCGCCAGUGGACCCACGAGGCAGCUGGAGUGGAUACGAGACGCACGUGCCAGAGCGCAUCGUGCUGCUUUGGAGUUGCGCGUGGAGGUUCAAGUCAAACAGAGACAUUCUGUCGGUGCGUUCUGUAAGACUUCGCCGGAGGAAGGAAAAGGCAGACAGUCCAAACUCACACCGACAGACAGACAGACAGACCACCUGGAAAAGUUGGCUGGGAGCAGCGCGUGGACGCUCUAACAGGAACGGUCAAAGUCUUUCCCGGGUCUUUCUCAGCGGAUUCCCGAGGAGCGCAGCGGAAUGUUCGCCCCGUGACGGACCGAGCCAUCAGUCCUGCGCUGCUCUGAGUCGGAGGGGGGUCGGCUCGGGGAUCCAGGCUGCGUUCGCUCCACCAUGUCAGCGGAGCCCGAGUAGACAGACAGAAAGAGAGAGAAGAGAAAGGUGAAAAAGAAGUACAGCAAACUGAGCAAGCAGAGGGAUUACAGCCGGACGCGACAUGUUCCUGAUUAACAUCAUCUCUGUGGUGUUUGUGUUGGAUGUGUGUGUGUGUGAGUCGGCGCUGGGAUCUCCCGGCUGGAGGGAACCUCCGGACUGCGUGCGAGCUUCAGAACUGUGCAACCAGAACAGCCAGUGUAGCUCCCGCUACCGGAUCAUGCGCCAGUGUCUGUCUGGCGGGGACAAGGAGCGCAGCACCAUGCUGGCCUCCAAGGAGUGCCAGGGGGCGCUAGAGGUGUUGCAAGACUCGCCGCUCUAUGACUGCCGCUGCAAGAGAGGCAUGAAGAAGGAGCUGCAGUGUCUGCAGAACUACUGGAGCAUCCACAUGGGCCUGACUGAGGGUGAAGAAUUCUACGAGACGUCUCCAUACGAACCCAUUCAUUUCUCAGAGGAAUUCAGACACGCCUCCAUUAUCUCAGACUCAUCCUUGUUGAAGACGAGGCCCUGCUCUGAGGCAGGGAAACCCUGUAACCCCUGUGUGGAUGCAGCUAAAGCCUGUUACCUGAACGAAACCUGCAGGCGCCUGCGAUCAGCCUACAACAUUAUCUGCAGCAAGGUCACGCCCCCACAGGCCCCUGCAGCCAACCAGGAGCCGUGCAGCAGGAAGAGGUGUCAGAAGGCCCUGAGGCAGUUCUUUGAGCGGGUCUCUUGGGAGCUGAGCUACCCUCUGCUGUUCUGCUCCUGCCUGGACCAGGCGUGUGCUGAGCGCCGCCGCCGCACCAUCAUCCCGUCCUGCUCCCACCAGGAGAGGCAUAAACCCACCUGCCUGGAACUCCGACGCACCUGCCGCUCCGACGCCUUGUGCAGGUCUCGCCUUGCUGAUUUCCACAUGAACUGCCAGAUGACAUCUCACACCGUCACCAGCUGUCCUUAUGACAACUACAUUGGCUGCCUCAUGUCCUAUGUGGGCCUCAUUGGCUCAGACGUAACACCGAACUACAGCGACAACAGCCCCACCAACAUCACCAUCAGCCUGUGGUGCACCUGCAGGGGCACAGGUCAUCAGGAGCAGGACUGCGACGCCUUCCAUCGGGACUUCACCCACAACACCUGCCUCAAAAAUGCCAUCCUGUCAUUUGGUUAUGGAUCUGAAGGAGCCACUCCUCCUGUAACCGAGCAACCGUCCACUUUCCUGCCACCUGAUCAGCCCAUCAUCUCCAAACCGGCUCCCUCUCUGCACGGCAAGGCCAUCAAGCCCGUAGACACUGCCUGCAUAUUCUCCACAUGUGCCAACCUGCAGGAUGGAGGUCAGAAGUGCAUACCCUCUGAAGACUAUGAGUGUGAGGAGACUUUGUUAGCCCAGGGGUCAAUAGACUCUCAGGAUUCGGUGGGACCUAAAAGCAGCAGCCAGCAAUCAGCGCCGCUACUCCAACACAUUUCUGUGACUGUGUGUGUGUCCAUUCUGCCAACACUUCUACACUUCUUGUCAUAAAUUUGAACUCACACACCUCCAGGCAUAACCACAUACACACAAUCCUAAAUGUCAAGCAACAGAUGUCCAAGCAUCCACUACGGCCUUUUUUUUUGAAGAGAGUCUGGAGCCGGUCCAGAUGAGCGGUCCUUCUGCACAACACAGUCACACACCGGCCAUGGGAGGGAGAACGGAAGCAGCUGCACUUUCGUGUGUUGUAUGUGAUUGAAAAGAGGAAUCAGAAACACAAAUGAGAGACUCUUGGGUCUCUGGUUCACAGUGACUUCAUUUCAGUGCUCUGAGUCUUCACGGUGUGUGUGCUCUCUGUGCAACCCGACUAACUCACUCCCCCAGGCCCGUCUGGAUCUAAGACAGCUGGGCCGACAAACACUGGAAGCGAGCAUAUGACUGCGUGCACACACACUCACACACAAUUUGAGCAGAAGUGUUAGAGUUGGCAGCUUCAGAGAGAGGAGAAAGAAACGACAGGGAAGGACAGCUGGGACAGAUCCUUCCAUGAGGUUUGUCAACUCAAUUUAUCCUCCCUCAGACCUCCCUAGUGGCAACAAAUCUAUACAACAUACAAACAUCACGCAAUCCCACCUACAUUCAUCCUGUCACUUUCCCCUUAGACCUACUUAGCGGGUAAACAGGGUCCCCACAUGGACACAAACACUCAUGCUGUACACCAGUGUGCUAUUUGUGGGUCUUUAUCUUCAUUUUGUGGUCUACAUCCUGUACAAACUUCAUUUACUGUGGAAAAUGAAAAGUAAAAAGUCCAGUGAAUGAGUGUAUGCUUCACCUCAGUGUUCAGCCUUGUGGGGGUGUGCGUGUGUGUGUGUUUGGGGAGGGGGGUAUGUUUGUACGUCUGUGAAUGUCCGUGAUGAUUGUUGACACAUCUGUGAAUGGAGGCAAAUAAAUGAAGGAACAGGUGGAACUUUAAUCAGAUGACAAACAAACUGAAACAUGAUGCGUAUGCACAGCUUAAAAAUUCUGUCUAAAUUCAACUUUAAUUUACAGCAGUGGGUUGAUUCUUUUCUAGAAAUACUUAACUACAUCAAUGAAAUAAUUCUGUUUCAUAGUGUUCUAAAGUCAAAUGUUUUUUGAAAAGUUUACUUUAAGUUGAUGGCUAAUAGUGUUUUAACCAAGUACACACAUUUAUUUUUAAAAGCAGACAGUUUGUAUGUUUUAAACUGGGUUCUGUGGUGCAGUCGUUUUACCUGCACCAGUUCUCAAACAGACAUCAUCUUUAGGCACUUUGCAAACAAAAAGCGUCUAAUCAAACCAUUCAAGUAAUGAGAUUCCAAGUCAAGCGCAUCAAUUCCAAUUGAUCCUCAUUAUCAAACAAUGUAGUUUGAUAGAAAACUUUCAACCAGUUUGAAUAACAAAGGAAACCCAACAGUCUUGCAGAAAUCCCUCCUCCUGCAUAUGCUUUUAUCGACAGUAGCUUGCAUUGUGUUGUUGACUUUGCAGCAAUCCCUCAUACUGAGCUUGUAUGUAGUGGCAGUGAAGAGAAAGGCCUCUCUGCUGUUAUCAAAAACCCAAUAAUGUUCACAUUUUCAACAUCCUCGACCAACAGUAAGGACAGACACAGGAUCUUCCACUUCUCCCAGGACUCCAUCAUGUAUCCAGUUGCAGUGUCCCAUUGGGGGCAAGAGGGCUCUCUUUUGCCCAGGCGUCUUGUCGAGAAAAUUUGAUUAAUUGUGUUGAGAAAUCAGCUGAGCAGUUCUAUGAUUUGCAGGACACAGGACAGAGAGAAAAAGCAGGACAGACUGGGGAGGAAGCAGGAGAAGAAAAAGCGUCUACCUUUACUGAGAGCAGGAUGAAACCGACUGGGGGUUUGAGAAGACCGGGCACAAAGAACACAGACACACUGAUCCUGGAGUACUUUGGAAGGUUAAAGAAAGUAAAUAGUUAAUGGCAGUAAAGAAUCCAUGAGUGGCAUCAUCUAGGAGAGAAACACAGCUAAGCAGAUAAGUUCUGAGCCAGUAGGAUGAGAGAGAGCACAUAGAGUUAGUCCAAAUAAAGUCUCAGCCAACAGCAAAGUCUGGGAGAGUCACUGAAAGACUGGACCCAGUGCAUCACUUAUACAAACCCAAUUCAAAUCAUUUCAACCUAGAUUCAGUUGAAUUCACUACAAAGACAAGAUGUUUAAUGUGCAAACAGAAAAACUUGAUUGUGGUUUUGCACAGUAAACGCUGCCGGCUCCUCUGGCCCAAACUCAUCUGACAUGGACUGAUGCAAAUUGGACAAGUGCAAUGCAAAGCAAAUAACUUACAUUUCUUUUAAUAAAUGAUGUGGAGUUUUUUAUCCUAUGAUGAGCAAAACAUUAGAUUGAAAAGGAGCACAUGGUAGUUUUUUUUUUGUUUCAAAAUCCUGCUUAGUUCCUUUAAAAGUUGCGUUGAUACACAUCCAUACCUUUGAAAAACUCCACAACUAAAAACAAUAUCUGACACCAGUUCCUGUUUGUUUGUUUCAUAUGCCAUUAAGUCCUAAGAAGCUGACACACAAAGUAAUAACAUGCUGCUGAUGAAAGAAAACCUUCCUGACUGUAUCAGAGCUUCCUGUCAGAUUGCCUCAGCUGUUCCCAGUGUUGAGUGAAUAAACACAGAUGGGUUGACGCUUCACAGCAACCAACAAGGUGAGAUGCUUCAGAUUUCUGUGAUCAGCUGUGUUCAGUCAACACGUGUUUGGUUAUUUUGAACAUUUCUUGUCUCUGUCUUACUUCCAUAAAACUGUUCAAUGUGUAUGUGAGUGUGUACUUUACCUCUGGCCUCUGUAUGGAGUAUUUUUAAUGUUUUGUAGAAGCUACAGACUGGUCAUCAGGUCAGUGUCAUGGUGGCGUUCCCUCCUUCAGAGAGGGAUCAGUUUCUGUUGUUAUGGUGUUGCCUUACUUUACUGUUUUUUAUUACCUAAAAGUAAAGAUGGUUCUGAGUGAAGUGACACUUUUCCAGGGCAGAAGUCUCAGCUAGCCACACUGCUGUUAAAUUAGGAAGACAUUUGAAUGAUCUCCAAAGAGGGAAUUUUGAUGAAUUAAUAAACCUACAUUUUGUAUCGUGACCAAAGCUUGAUAUUGCUUUUAUCUAGGGGUGCACCGAUCUAUCGACCAGCCCAUUUAUCGGUGCUGAUUUCCUUAAUUUUGGGAGAUCAACUGAUCUUAUCUACCUCAACAAAGGUUUAAAAAUCAGCCACUGUCCUCUUCUGCUCUCCAGUGAAAGCUUUGACUGACAAACCGGCCCACCAGGUCAUGUCUACAUGUCUGCUGUUAACAAUAGUCACCCCAAUGUUGGCAACUCAGCAACUUUCUUGCUAUAUUUAGCAACAUUUCAAACAAAUAAAAUCAGGUCAAGUCAGGCUUUUUAAAGAUUGGCUAUCGGCGAUCAGCCAGAAAACUGCAGUCGGUGCACCUCUACCUUUAUCCAUACAGUGGGCUAAUAUUUCACACUACAAUGGAAUCAAAGUCAAACCAUUUGUUUUCUCACCAACAGAUUAAUCCUACAAAACUUGUGUGAUCCUUGAAUAUUUAAAGAACAUAAUUUUUUGGUCUUGCCAUAUCUUUUGAAAAUUUCAGUUGCAACUCAUAGGGCAAUCCACAUUACUAUUCCCCAGCAGAAAAAAAACUACUUAUUCUUAAACUACUUGGUGUGAUGUUUGUGCAUAAUAAUAUUUUUAAUUGUUUAUUAUUUGUAAGAUUUCAUGACCCACAGUGGACAAAGCUGCUGUUUGUUUAGUUCCCAGUUACAUGUUUUACUUGGCAAAACAAACCAUAUUGACCAUAUGUUUUGUGAUAAGGAUCAUAUUUUGUGUUCAUGGUUUUUAUUAAUGGCAUCUAAUCAACAGUUGGUACUAAAAACUAUCCACCUGCUAUCCAGCUAUAAACACCAUUUGUACAUGCAGACUAAAAUAACUAUGAAAGCAAAAACAAGCCAAUUUGGCUUAACUUUGAUGACCUUUGUUAUUAAUUAGAAAUAGUAUAAUGUAAAAAAAAAAGCUUAAUCUCUUUUUGCUUCAGCUCUUCAUCUUCUGGAUGAAGUCAGUUCCUAUGUUUUGAACUAUGUUGUAUUGUGAUCCUCCAUUUCUCAAACAAGAAUCCUAAGACUGACAAAACAGUGUCACCAGUGGCUGAUUCUUUCACUUUCAUCUUUCACGCUGGUGGUAAUUUGAAAGUUGUCUAGACUAAAAUGAUCUGCAUUUAUCUAACAUUGAUUGUUUAUUUUUUAAGCUCAGCAAUUUUAUGUGAUUUCCAUAAGAAGGGAAAUGUAUGACAUUUUAUUCUCAAAGUUUUCCACUUGUUGAAAUAAGGAAAAAAGAAAAUACAGUACAGAAAAGAGUUUGUUCUCUCCACAAGCCUCUUGGCAACACGCUGCAUACAGACUGCAGCCUGUUUCCUUCCAGCUGUGGCAGCACAAACAGCAGCUAUCAAACAUAUACAGCAGCUGUGACAAAUAUUCACCUCCUUGGAUUUUUUUUACCCUUUUUAUUUAUGAUUAAUGUAUUUUAGCUUAUUUGACAAAAAAUAUUGUAUAGUAAAAAUUUAUUUCUACAAAAUAAUGACAAUUAAAUAAAACUUGGUAACAUAAAAUAAGGGAUUGCAUAAAUAUUCACCCUUUUACAAUUACUGACUGAAUUCAACAGAGGCCCAGUCAGUUGGUGCUAGUGUUUUCAAAGUGCAGUGGAGAUCAGCCGUGUGCAGUGACUGCGUCUCAAUGAUUGUUUUAUAAAGACAGUUGUCUCUGGAAGGUCCGUUCUCUGCUCCGUCAGUUUCCUGGCUAAAAUGAAAACAGAACAACAUCACAAGCAAAUCAAAAAAAUCAGAGUAAUAGAAAAGUAUACUUCAGGGAAGUUUAUUUGUAAUCAUCAUCAAGAAACAAAAGGAAUAUGGUCCAUGUGUAAAUUUGUGUAAAUCAGAUCGUCCUCACAACCAGGGUGGUAGUGCAAGUAGGAGACUGGUGAGAGAGGACACCAGGUCACCAUGACUACACUGAGGAAUUUCCUUAAAGGCACGUGGGAAAUUCCAUGGUCAAGUGGAAGAAAGUUAUUUGGUAUGAUGAGACCUAACAAUGAAGCUACACCAAGUCAAAGCCCAGACCUCACUCCGAUAGCGAAUUUGGGGCUGGACUUAAAAAGAGUUGUUGAAAACUAAUCGCCACCAACCGACAGAACUGGAACAGUUUUGCAAGGAAAAAUGAAGUAAAACUGCAGAUGGUUGAAUCCUAUCUAUACUUGACUCCAUCCUGUGAUUUCAGCCAUAGAUGCAUCUACUAAAUACAAAUAUUAAAUACUGACCUUCAGGGGUGAAUAUUCAUGCAAUCACUAAUUGUAUCUGAUCUAUUUGUAAGUGGUAAAUGACCUCUACGUUUUUAGCACUUUCUCCAGUACAAAGGAGUCUUAAGCACUACUUGAGACAACUUCUAAUCGGGGGGUUGCUGGUUCGAUUCCCGCACCGUCUGUCUCAGUCGUUGGGCAAGUCGGCCCAUCUAGCCUGCUGCCAGUGUCGCCUUUGUAAGACUGACAGUGGCUAGUAUCCAGGAGCUUAUCACCAUCAGUGUGUGAACAACAGACUGCAGUGUGAAACCCUAUAGGCUCCUCUAGAGUUGAUAAAAUGCUGUACAAGUACUGGCCAUUUACCACUGACACUACAUUCACACGUUGAUGGUGAUAAGCUUUGUUUUAACAAAUACAAAAUAAUCCUUAUUAUUUUGCAGAAAUCAGUUCUCUUAUGCAAAUGGAUUUUCUUGUGAUUUUUUUGUCAAAAAAGCCAAACAAAGUUGAUCGUAACUGAGUUGUAAAAGAAAAAAAAAGGUAAAACAUCACAUGGAGUGAAUACUUUUUAAAGGCACUCUGAAUGGAGGACAUUAGUUUAUUUUUAUGUUGGCACCAUAAGUUAUUCUUAUCCCCCUGGUAUCACUGUCAUUGCCUGCUCUUUAAAGCAUCUCUCCCAGUAGUUGCUCAGGUCCUGUUCACAUUGAAUUUGGAGUGGACUGGACUUCCUUUUAAAGUCAGACUCCCACCUGGGUACAGCUCCAACACCUCUAAGUUGCACCUUAGCUCUUUUGUCCUGGUUGCUGGAAUGAGAAAAAAUAUGUGAGUUUUUCAGAUUGCAAGGUCCAUGCAAAGAUAAAUCUUGUCAAAGGAAAACCCUUCGAGGGGGAGGAUUGUGGAAAAACCUGAAGAGUCUCUCAGAAUUUAUAUGCACCUCAGACAAGUGGUAGUCUAGGUUCUCUUGGAAAAUGUUGGGAUAUUUUUACAAUUGAUGCUGCUUUUGCAUGACAGAAGAACAAUUUAGUUUUACUUUGCUCGCAUUUACUGUUAACUCGAGUUUGUAAGACAAGUUCAACAUAAGGAUACUAACUUAUGCACCACAGACAGGUUAUUGACUGGAAAUAACCUCUGUGCAGAACCCCAAUUGAAAAAUCCAAUAGCCUCCAUGUAUGUUUGACUAAAGGACAUAUCAUCUUCAAUACUGCUGUAGAACUGUUUGAGGCCAAAUCCAAAAGUCUACUUCAUUCUAAUGGAACUAGAGUGGACUGAGAAGUUACUGCUAAUUUGCUGAAUUGAUACCAACAGGCUCAACUACCGAAAAUGGCAUUGAAACACAUUUGCUAUUCCAGUGGACAAAACAGGACCAAAAGUCGCCUCAUUGUUUAGUUACAUUCCUGACUGUUAAUAUCUACUGACAUAUUAACAGUUAUAGAAUCUCAAUGAUGCAAACAUUUUUAAUUUGUGUUGUUUAGAAUUGCUAAAGUGAUCAAAAGUGACUGUUAGCUUCCAAGAAUUUAUUUACUUUUCAUCUAGCUCAUAAUAAUUUUUUUUUUGAUAAGUAAAGGAGUUAUUGCAAAUAAUAACACAGAACUUCACAAUAAAACACCCAAAGUAAAGUUAAAACUGCUGUCAUGUCUGCAUUUCAUAUUUAUUGAUAUAAAAUCUGUUAAAACAGGCCCAGUAGCAGAUUGCAGUCUUUAAAAUGACCUUAGCAUGUCAAAUAUGAACUGAAAAGCUUAUCCACAGUAAUUGUGUGUUAAUUUGUUGGUUAUCAUCAAAUCUAUAUUGUAGUUAAUUUUUUUCUCCGGCUGUAUUUUUGCAACUCUAAGUUCCUCUAGUCAGAGAAGUUUAAGUAGAAAAAGGCCCAUUCUUCAAGUAAAAAAAUACAUCUAGAGUAAUGUCUGAAGACUACGUUCUCAUAAACUGCUUCAAAUUUUUCAGACCAAUGUCUGAUUAUGUUUGAGCCCUGCUCUCACUAACAGGUUACAGGGUGGUUCCAUUCUACAGAAACAUCUAUAGUCUACUAAAGAUAUUUACUUUAAAAACUCAAAACUAGUGCUUUGAAAAAUAGGGCGGAGCAUCUUCUUUUCUAAUUUGCUUUCUGGGGAAUUAAGGAUUACCUUCUCAAACAAAUCAAGGUAUUAUAUACAGAGAGGCGACAAGCAGCAGGUGUUGACAGUGCUGAACCUUGUAUUACAAUCAGGAAGAAAAUAUGUUUUUAAAGUAUUCUUUGUUUUCUAUUUCCCUUUUUUAGGGUGUUUUUCUUUUUUAUAUAGGAGUGUGACAAAUUUAUGAAUUUAUACUCUAACUUGUAUUUGGACAUGAUAAUGUAAACGUAAAACUCAAAUAACAAAUCUAUAAGUUUAAGUUCAAGGAUAAACUGCAAUUGCAAGUAUAAAUGAAAAAAUACAUUGGGAUGCCAAAACAUAAUUCAUUUGCAAAUGUUAAGCAAAAGACAUUUUUGGAUAUUAUAAUGAUCUAUUUUCUAUUGUUCUUUUAACUAGUCAGCUGCUUUGUCUGCUACAGCCAUGACAUGUUUACAUCAUUUGAAGCUAAUUCUGCAUUUUUUUAACUACUCUUACAAAUUUACAAAAAAAAAUUUCUGGAACCGGUAUUGGGAUAAAACUGUAUUUUAAAACCCUCGCUACUGCUAGAUGUUGGGAAAGAAAAGUUAGUUUGUAUGAAUGAUCUGAGUUCCUGCAGGCUGCCAGCAGGGCUUUCCUGUCUGGAAUCACAGGGAGAGGAAGGCUCAAUGCGUGGAGUGACAGUGAAGUUGUAAAUUUGCUGAUCUGUUGUAAACUUUGAGAGCUCUAUGGUGUAAACUAAAAUAUGUGUCUGGAGAUCUAAAUAAAGUAACAUCUGUAACAAAAAAA